AACAUAUACGUCGUUUAACGCCGGUUGCUCUUUUAUUGGACUAGUCACAUGUUUCCGUCAUCUCCAAGCUCUCCCAAGCUUACAGUACAUUUCUGCAAAAUAAAACUAUUGAGUUUGAUCACUCCGUUUUAACAACUUUCCGUCGCCGUCCACUCGAAACCCGUGACAAAGUUGGUUAGCAUUACCUUAUUAUAUCACUCAAUUCAUAUGUAGUCCCUACAGUAAUAUCAAUAGAUCUUAUUUACAAAAGUCCAAGUUCUUGAUUUUGACUCGAUUGGAUAAAUUUGUUUAGCAUUCUUAAUUAGUUUUACUUUUUACAGUGAACAUUCUGCGCUUAUAUAAUUUCUAGUAAGGAUCCAUCAUAUUAUUAGACUGGUCGGUACUAUUUUCCCACCGGCUGGUCGGUAAGAUAAGGUGCCAAUAAUAAAUCUAUUUAGUUUAACUUACCGGGCAUAGAGACAGAAUACAAAAAUGGGGGUGACAAGGAGCACUAACUUUAGUCUUUAGUGCAAUUCAAGAUCAGCCAUAUACGUCUUUCAACCUUAUAAUAUCUCUCCCCUCAAAAUCAUUUUAAGCUAAUAAUAUUCUUUUUAAAAAAUCAUUCGUGGCCUUCAAUUUUUCGUUCUUUAUGUCAGAAAAUGCCAUACUCCUAAUUCUUCAUUAACGACGUCGUUUGGCAGACGUUUAGUAAGCAAAUUUGCUACUUCCCGUGUGCUUUAGACUUAAAGGACGAAACCAACCACUUGGCACCAAAAAAACUUCUCUUUCUUCGCUCUUCAAUUGUGAUCAUCAUUCUCUGUAUCUCGUUGAGUUGGUGGUGAUUGAAGAAAGAGUAAUGGUUAUGAACUUCACCUAGAUACUCUUUAUCAUCUCGGCCGAGUAUUGGGUACACGUCGUCGUCUCUGUUUCUGGAUUCAAGAACUGUAACAUAAUCUAUUCUCUCAAGUCGCGGGGUUUGAUUCAAUGGCUUCUUCAGAAGUAUCUACUUGUGCCAAGAAUAUUCCAAAACCUCCUCCUCUUCCUCGUGUAACCUACCAAGCUUCCAGAAGCAAACCCUCGAGCUCAUCCUCACGCCUUGUGCCCCAAGAAACAGUAGAAACGUGGGACAAGCUUUUCAAACAAGGCACUGGAGCAGAUACAUACGUUGAAGUCGAUAACAAAUCUCAUUUUCUAGCCCAUUCAUACAUACUGGCUGCAGCUUCACCUGUAAUGCCACAGCUUCUAAACCAAUCGAGGGACAAAAAAGGAAAUUCACACCUCAAGUUCCUCGGAGUGCCUCAAGAAGCUGUCUACAUGUUCAUUCGGCUUCUCUACUCUUGCAGCUACGAGGAGGAAGACAUGAAGAAGUACGUGCUCCCUUUGUUGGUUCUCUCACACUGCUACUCGGUCCCAUCUCUCAAAAGAGUCUGCGUAGAGGUUCUUGGUCAAGGAUGGAUCAACAAGGAGAAUGUCAUCGACGUGCUCCAGCUAGCUCGAACCUGCGACGCCGCGAGGAUCAGCUUUCUAUGCGUUUCAAUGGUCAUCAGAGACUUUAAGUCUGUAUCUUCAACGGAAGGAUGGAAGGUGAUGACGCGAGGUGAUCGUAAGCUAGAGCAAGAGCUUCUUGAGGCGGUGGUGGAGGCAGACGCUAGGAAGAAAGAGAGGAGGAAGAAGGUGGAGGAGAGGAGAAUGUAUUUGGAGCUUUAUGAAGCUGUGGAGGCUCUUGUUCAUAUAUAUAGAGAAGGUUGUGGGACGAUAGGGCCUCGAGGUAAAGCGCUUAAGGGAAGCAAAGCUGUGUGUGAGUUCUCGGCUUGUAAAGGAGUUGAAGGUGGGCUUAGACAUUUCUUGGGAUGCAAGUCUGCUAGGGCUUCGUGUGGUCAUUGUAAAAGGAUGUGGCAGCUUAUUCAGCUUCACUCUUGUCUCUGUGGUAGUUCUGAUUCUUGCGAGGUCCCUCUCUGCCGGAACUUCAAGGAGAAAAUGAAAAAGAUUAGCAAGAGAGAAGAGUCUAAAUGGAGGUUGCUUGCGGAAAACGUUACUACAGCUAAAAGAAGUCUUGGUCCAUUCUCUUCUUCACGCCGUUCUGCUUUGAUAUAAGAUAGGUUUUAGAGUCAUUGAAGUGUAAAUAUAUACAAGGGAUAGGGAUAAAGACUGUGUGUCAAGAACAAGGCCCAUCAUAGUGGUUUUGGAACAAAUGUUGUCUUCACCAUGUUGUUGGUUACUUUGUUAUAUACAUGCUGCGUCUUGAUCUUUGACAGUGUUGUAAAGAAGUUUUCUCAUCAUCAUACAAUUCUUUUUUUUUGUA